AUGCCCAUGUCUUCUCUUCCAGCCGCUAUUUACUCUCACAUGAUAGCCAUUGAAAAUGUGCCUCCUCCUCCUCUUCGUAACAUACCAAGCUUGAAAGUAACUAAGAACAUUAAUUAUGGUCAGUUGAAUGCAUUAUGCCACAUUAGAGGACUCCGCAGCAGGUAUCACAGCCGGAGUCCUUCCAAUGCUCACAAUGAGUUUAUCAAGAAAUAUCCCAAAAUAUUCCUGCAAAAACCCCCCAGAUUGCCUAAAAUUUUAAUAAUGGAGAAACAAAGAAAACAAACUGAAAAAACCGAAGGCAAGAAUGAACCUGAUGAUUUACACAAUGUAACUAUUCAUAUUAAAAAAGCACAUGGUAUGCUCAAAGAGAAAGAAGCCCCAGAGAAGUUUGCAGAAUUUCUGGCUAUCUUAAAGAAAUUGCCCGUCCACAGAACAAGACAUGAACACAACACUGUGUGGAAUAUGCUAAAGACACUUCCAGAUUUAAGCUCUCAGCUAGAUGAUCAACAUCUGAAAAAACUUAGUAAGAAAGUCAUUUCCCAAACCUGGGUCAAAGGAAGCACAGUGAUUGGAGAUGAUGGAUUUUAUGUAAUCCUUAAAGGCAUGGCUCGACCUCGCAUGAAGAUAUUUAAAAAUCUGGCUGAAAAAAGUGACUCAAUGUCUUUUCUACUUCAGAACAGUGAAAUUUUUGAUCUGCAAUUAAAAAGCUCUACACUUGCUGAGAUUUAUGUACCUAGAGGAGAUAUGGUGCUCAGACGAUGGAAUACCUUUGGAACCCUUGAAGAAAUAGCUGGUUCUGACUUAGAAAUAUUUCCAUUAUCUGUGGUGACAGAAGAAGAUUGUGAAAUUCUUAAAAUCUCAGCAAAGGAUUAUGCGAGUUUUAAGUUGAAAAAUUCAAAGUAUGAUAAAAUGCAAAAGUUGAAACUGAUCCGUCAAUGUCCUUAUUAUACAAACUGGCCUACAUUAUCCAUAUAUGAACUAAUUUCAUUUAGUAAAUGGAAAAAAUUUCCUCCAAACCAUGUGAUAGUGGAAAGUGGCGAAAUCAUUUCCUUUUUGGCAUUUAUUAAUUCUGGGUAUUGUAACAUUUAUAGAAGCAUUGUGGGACUAGUAAAACAGCCAUUAAACAAAGUGAAAAAAGUUCGAAAGCUUGUUUAUAUGGGUAGACUAAAAGAGAAGGAGUCCUUUGGUGAGAUUAGCGUACUUCUCCAAACUCCUGUUACAUGCACAAUCAUUACUGGAACAGAGGUAGAGAUGGCAAUAAUUGAAGAUGUAGACCUUUUUGGUAAAUAUUUAGAUUAUGUGACCAGGCAACUUAUGCUCCAAACAGCAAAACCAACUUUUGGCCAUCUAAAAGAAGAAGAUGUCAAAUAUGAAUAUAUACGAAAGGAAAAAGAGAAGGAAUGGAAGCAUGACAAGGAUGUGACAUUAAGCAAGUCCUUGUUUCAUAAUGGAAUUGUCCCAGGCUUUGGGAGAUGGACGCAUGAGUGGACAAGCAUUCCAAGGAAUCUCAAGGAUGUUCUCAUUAACUAA